GCAAUAACAUAUUAGAGAAAAAUUGGGUAGCAAGUACUCAAUUCGAAGUUGUUGUCAAAUUUAUAUAAACAAGAAAAGAAAUCAAAAGCAAAGAAAAAUGCGAGAAUCUUUCAUAUUGACGAUAUUUAUAGUUGUAGUUGUACUGAUUAUUUGGUUUUUAUAUAUCUGGCUUAAUCAGACUGCAACAAACUUUAACAAAAAUCCGACUAAUAGACAAAUUAACAGUAUCACAAAUGGACCGAUAAAUAGUUUUGAAUCAGCAAACUUUAAUUUAUCAGCUGAAACGAUAAUCAAAAGUACAAAUAAAUAUGACGAAAAGCCAUGUUCACCUUGUGGAAUCAAAGUCAAUGGCGAUAUGCACAACACUUCGCCAAUUCUUACGCCUGAAAAUCAACUUGAGCACUUGCUACCCAAUUCAAGUGGUGAAAUUGUAGUGCCCCAUGGCCAGUGCGUGAGUUUGCGCUGUGGUGAUACAUUCGCAAAACGGUUCGACGGACAAACUCUGAAGGCGCAGUGUGCUGGCGGUAAAAAUUUUCUUAUAAACAAUGAAAUCGUAAAUUUCUCAGAUAUCAAUUGCACUUCUAUGUCAACGCCAACGCCAAUGAGAACGGGACUUCCGUGCAGCGGAGGCACCCAAUGGCUCCAUUUCGGCAAUAAAUUCAAUGAGUCAUUACUACCGACAAUGCAAGUGUGUUUUGAUGAAAUUCGCCAAACCACUUCUUACGUUGAACACACCAUUACUCCUGGAAGUGUUCACUACAAACAAGACGUGCCGCGUAAAAACUUCACUUCCGGCGAUUUCUUUGGUGGUAGAAACAUUGACCCUCUUUACAGACGGCCCAAACAAAUGAAGGCACUCAGUCGUAUACUUGGAAAGGAUGCUUCGAUUUACGUGACAGCCCAAAAUUAUCUGUCCCGUGGCCACUUGGUUGCCAAAGCUGACUUGAUAUUCAGUGGCCAACAAAAGUCUACUUUUCAUUAUGUGAAUGUAGUGCCACAAUGGCAGUCCUUCAAUGCCGGUAACUGGUCGCGCAUUGAGGAUGGAGUCCGUCAGUUCGCUCAUGACAGUGAUAGUACCCUACUCUGCUGGACUGGUACCUGGGGUGUUUGCACUUUGCCAGAUGUUAACAAUGUGCAACGCGAGUUGUACCUAAUGAACGAUGAACAAAACAAUAAUGCCGUACCUGUGCCGAGACUAUUUUACCGUAUCGUUAUCGAUGCUGAGUCUCGUAAAGGUAUCACGUUGGUUGGGGUGAAUAACCCCUAUCUGACAAUUGAAGAACUGACAACUGGAGCAUAUCUGAUUGCAGAGGAUGUCUCCGACAGUAUUGAUUGGAUUGCCUGGGACAGGCAAAAUAUCGAGAAGGGUUACAGUUAUGCCUGUUCAGUACCAAACUUCGUAGCGAUAGUGAAAGAUUUGCCGCUGGUUAAGUUGGAGACGACCGGAAUUUUGGGAUUGAAGGAAUUGGCCAUCUAGGAUCAACAUCCUUUUCUAUAUUAUUAUAAUCUCAAUAAUAUAUUUUUAAAUACAAACUUUUUGAAGAAACAAUAAAUAAAUUUUGUUCUG